AUGGCCGAACAGUUCGUUGAGUUCUACUACCAGACCUUCGAUAGCAACCGUGGCGGUCUCGCUCCCCUCUACCGUGACCAGUCCAUGCUCACCUUCGAGACCUCGUCCGUUCAAGGUGCUGCCGGAAUUGUCGAGAAGCUGACCACUCUCCCCUUUCAACAGGUGCGCCACCAGAUCGCCACCUUCGAUGCCCAGCCCUCCAGCGAGGGCGGCAUCAUCGUCCUGGUCACCGGUGCUCUCCUUGUUGACGAGGAGCAGAAGCCCAUGAGCUACACUCAGUGCUUCAAGCUCCAGCCAGAUGGCGCUGGCAGCUUCUUCGUCCUUAACGACGUCUUCCGCCUCAUCUACGCUGCUUAG